GGUGCAAGGGGAACACACUCGCAAGUGUCUUCUGUUGACAUGACACAUUCUCCUGGUAGUUCACACAAUGUUCAAAAGGCACAAGUCCCUUACUUCAGAACGCAAGAGAGAAAUAUUUUCCCGAGGAGCUACCCGGUCCACGUUGAAGAAUGACCUGAGAAACUUCCACUGUUUGUCGCAUUUUGUGCUCUCAGCGGGCCCUCUAAAAUCAACUCCAGUAGUUAAACAUUCAAGAACUACGCACUUUGAGAUUGAAAUACUUGAUGCUCAAACAAGAAAGCAGAUAUGUAUUGUGGAUAAGGUGACACAAAUAUCUACCAUUCAAGAUGUUAAACAAAAAUUCCACAAAACAUGUCCAAAGUGGUACCCUUCUCGAGUUGGCCUGCAGCUAGAACGAGGUGGGCCCUUUUUGAAGGACUACAUAACCAUUCAAAGCAUUGCAGCUUCCUCCAUUGUCACACUCUAUUUUACAGACUUAGGUCAACAGGUCAGUUGGAUUACAGUAUUUUUGGCUGAAUACACAGGACCUUUGCUGAUAUAUCUCCUCUUUUAUUUGAGGAUUCCAUACAUAUAUGACAUGAAGGAGGGCUCGGGAAGAUUGCGCCACCCAGUGGUACACGUGGCUUGCUUCUGUCAUUGUAUACACUAUAUCCGAUAUCUUUUGGAAACCUUAUUUGUCCAUAAAGUUUCUGCAGGACAUACACCCUUGAAAAAUUUGAUAAAGGGCUGUGCCUUUUAUUGGGGAUUUACUUCUUGGAUUGCCUACUAUAUUAAUCACCCACAGUAUACACCACCAUCAUUUGGAAACCGGCAAGUCACAAUAUCUGCUAUCAAUUUUUUGAUUUGUGAAGCUGGAAAUCAUUUCAUCAAUGUAGUGUUGUCUCAUCCCAAUCACACAGGAAUAAAUGCCUGUUUUCCAAGUCCAAAUUAUAACCCCUUCACAUGGAUGUUUUUUCUGGUUUCAUGUCCUAACUACACCUAUGAGAUUGGAUCAUGGAUUAGUUUCACAGUCAUGACACAAACACUGCCAGAAUUACUCCGCUCUAUUGAGAAUGGACUUGGAAGAAGGAGGCAAUUAUGAGUUAAGUGCAGAAAUGAUGAGAAUUUUGAAAAAUGGAAGCAAAUCAAGAUGGUGACAAGAGAAUACUAGGAUAAAUGGAGAAAGUAUUAAGUAAUGUUGCAAGUUAAUCUCACAAGGAAAAGUGAGCAAAUAAAUGAUAAGUACAUUGCAGAAGACAGUGUUUUCUGUUUAAGAAAGUUUUUGUUUUACUUGAAAAAGCAAACAGACUUUCUGUUUAAUUCAUCUACCAAACACACAUAUUAACUACUGUCUUCUAUUUGAACCCCAUCAAAAUACCACAAAGUAGAAUUAAAAGAUCUAUCCACAAGGUCAAAGAUUACAAAACUGUACAUGAAACAGCAAAAUUCUGGAAUCUGGAAAGGAUAUCAUCCAACGUAGUCCAUCAUGGAGAACUGAAACAGCCUGCAGACAAAAAUCAUGUAGCAAGCAAAUUCUCCCUGCAGAGCCUCCAAACGUUUAGGAAUAUGAGGCAUCGGAUUUCUCUCAAGUGGUUUUCUUGGCUUGAAGGGG